GCUGGGGUUGUAUACCUCAUCGCUAUUGUCUCCCUCCGGACCACGCAGUCCCAGGAAGAGGGCUCACAGCCUGCUCACUACCGUGAUCCCAGAGACACGGGGCUCACAGGACCUGAGAAUCUCCUUCCGCAACACGAAGCGACCUCAGACACACCAAUACAAAGUUUAAAUCUAAUAAAACGUCACUCUCCAUCACAAACCAGUUUUGUCACAGAAUUUCCCCAGGUUACGGCGCAAACCACCACAAAUACUGCAUCUUCGAAGGUAAAACCGAGGAGGAUCUCCAUGACAGGCACAACCCUCGCCGGCUCCUUCUUCAUCAGCGGGAGGCUCCCGUCACCGGUGCAGCCGUGUCACCGGCCGCCUCGCAUCCUGCGCUCUCUGGUUUGCGCUGGGAAGGCAGCAGGUGGGGCUUUAGCAGCUGGAUAUAUCCCAUGAGUCCUCCUCCGGUGGAUUUUAGUCAGCAGAUCCUCCAGCCUUGCCAGCUACCAACAGCGAUUUACUGAAUUUGCAUCGACCAGAAGAGCAACACAAGAAUUUCACCAGGAGUUUUAGAAUGGAUGCAGUGGGAAAGAGAGUCCAUGCAUUUGUGCGAGUCAAACCAACAGCCGAUUUUGCUCAAGACGUGAUCAAGUUUGGGCCAGACAACAAGAGCAUAGAUAUAUACAUCAAAAAAGAUGCCAAGAAAGGAGUAGUGAAUAACAAGCAGACUGACUGGUCCUUUAGGCUGGAUGGCGUCCUCCACAAUACCUCCCAGGAACUCGCUUACGAGACCGUGGCUAAGAAAUUGGUGUCCGAAGCUUUAAUUGGCUACAAUGGCACGAUAAUGUGCUAUGGGCAAACGGGGGCUGGUAAGACUUACACGAUGACGGGAGCAACUGCCGAAUACAAGCACCGAGGAAUCAUACCCCGAGCUAUACAGCAGGUCUUUAAAGCAACUGCGCAUUCUGUUGAUCCAUUUGUCACCGUCCGAAUCUCCUACCUGGAAAUCUACAACGAGACCUUGUUUGACCUUCUGGCCACCAUGACAAGCAACGGGACCGGUGACGCGCAGAUGGCUGUAGUGGAUUGCCCACAGGGUGUUUAUGUGAAGGGCUUAUCUAUACAUUCAGUUAGCCACGAGGAAGAUGCUCUGAAUCUCCUUUUUGAGGGUGAGACCAACAGAGUGAUAGCAGAGCACACGCUGAAUAAAAAUUCAUCCAGAUCCCAUUGCAUCUUCACUAUUUAUAUUGAGUCUCGUUUCAGAGUUUUCUCAGAUGUCAAAUGCGUUAACUCUAAAAUCAACUUAAUUGAUCUGGCAGGCUCGGAGAGACUGAGCAAGACUGGAUCUGGAGGCCAGGUUCUGAAGGAAGCCACGUACAUCAACAAGUCUCUGUCGUUCCUUGAGCAAAUCAUCAUUGCCCUGGCUGAUCCUAAGCGGGACCACAUCCCCUUCCGGCAGAGCAAGCUCACUCACGUUCUCAAGGACUCGCUAGGAGGAAACUGCAAUACUGUCCUAGUGGCAAAUAUCUGUGGAGAAGCUGUGCAUGUAGAAGAGACCUUGUCUUCUCUUCGUUUUGCUACCAGAAUGAAAUGGAUCACAACAGAGCCGGUCAUCAAUGAGACGUAUGACCGAGAGGGGACAGUGAAGGCUUUGGAGAAGGAGAUUAUUCUUCUCAAGCAGGAACUCGCCAUGCAUGACAACUUGGUAAAUCGUUCUUUGGUGACUUACGACCCUCUGACUGACAUGCAGAUAGCAGAGAUUAAGUCUCAAGUUCAUAGAUACCUAAAAGGAGGCAUCGAUGAAAUUGAUAUAGUGAACGUCAGGCAAGUCCAGGAGGUGUUUAAGCAGUUCAAACUGAUUGUAAGUCAACAGGAGCACGAAGUGGAGGCCAGAUUACGCAGCAAGUACGCUCUGAUAGACAAAAAUGACUUUGCUGCUGUUGCUGCUGUUCAGAAGGCAGGUGUGGUUGAUGUGGAUGGCCAUUUGGUGCGGGAAGAGGACAGACGGGAUUUUGGAACUAGAACUGCUCCUCUUUCAUCCAGACGUGGUGGGAAGAAGAAAUCUAGGAAAAGCAAUGAGCAGCCCAGGAAGGAAAGAAUCGGGAGCUCUCCUUCCAGGAGAGACCUGGAUGGUUUUUCACCAUCAAAAAGUCAGGUAAUAAUUCCCACCAAGGAUCUGGACGUGAAAGAGGGAGCAAGGAACCAGGAUACAGCAAAUAUUGAUGCAGAGCUCUCAAAGCCAGCUCCCGUGGAGGAUUCCCAGCAGCCCAGCUCCCCUCCAUCCAAGCCACUGGCGUUUGAGCAGUUUAAGGAGGAGUGCGGAAGUGAGAUCAACCGGAUCUUUAAAGAGAACAAAAGCAUCCUCCUUGCCAGGAAGAAGAGAAGCAGUACAGUAGCACAGAGAAUCAACUUCAUCAAGCAUGAGAUGGAGGGCAUCAAAAAGGCUCUGGAGGCUCAGAAGCAGGAGCGGUGGCAGCAGGGAGAGUAUGUUGAUGACAAAGGACAGAUCAUAAUUGAUGAGAAGGAGUUUUUACUCAUCAUGAAACUGAAAGACCUGAAGGAAGAGUACAGGUCUGGUUAUGCUGAACUGCAGGACCUGAAGGCAGAAAUCCAGUACUGCCAGCAUCUGGUGGACCAAUGCCGGAACAAACUCAUCUCAGAGUUUGAGAUCUGGUACAGCGAGUCCUUCCUCAUCCCCAAGGAUGUGCAGGAAGCUCUGAAGCCUGGUGGCAACAUCAGACCUGGAAUGAUUCCCAUAAACAGAGUCAUGUGCCUGGAGGAAGACGAGCAGGAGAGGUUUGAGCGGAUGCAGGAGACAACGCUGCCAGCUUGCCCAGCUUCACUCUCGUUCUACAAGGCGAAAAUGAAGACUGAUCAGAAGCACACGUACGCUAGAACCAUGUCGUCCCUCGAGCAAAUGCGGAAGAAACCCGGGCUCAUCGCGGCUGCUGGGAAGAACAAACCCCUGUCGUUUCUGCACGUCACGUAGCAGAUUCGGGCUCAGCCUGGAACCUGGCAUUCAGCACAAGCAACACCACCUCAGGAAGUGCCUCACAUUCACGUCCACAAUAGAUUUAUCAAAAAUAAACAGUAGGGGAAAAAAAAAACCCCAACACUCAACUUUUGUGCAGCUAGACUGACAGUUAUUGGUAAUCAAACCCGCUGUUUAGACAGGAAGCAAGCCAGGGAGUUCAAAUAGCAACGUGUGUUUUUCUGAGCGUCUCUGCAAAAUGCAGAGUCACGACAGAGAGGUGUGUUGUGGACAACCCCGGCUGCUUCUGCCUCCCUCCUUCCUGGUGCCGGAGGCAAGGGCCUCCUGCGCUCGUUCCUGGCGGAGCGUCAGGUCGCAUCUUUGCUAGUUUGAUGCUCUCAAGGUGGAAGUUGAGUCUGGGUGAGAGUGAGUCCUCCUCGGAUUGAAGCAACCCCAGGGUGUUUGCCCUCCUGGACAGAGGAAGGGGCUGGAAAGAUGCACGCAGCAGAGAAGCGUUUCCAUCAGCUGCCUGGCGUUAAGACGCGGCAGCAUCGAUUUACGGCAGCCUCCUCACCUCAACGCAGCAGCAACAGGGCAGUGUUUGCCCACCUGCUUUCCGGGAAGGUGAUUCAGAUCCAGGGGGAGAUCAUGGUGCCCAGCAACCGGAAAGCUCCAGGGCACACUGUGCUGCUUCGCCAGGCUGCUGUUAGCUUCACCUGCUGAAGGCCUGCUGGAAGUCCUCCUCCUCCUCAUAGCUGUGCCUCCAGCACCAGUGGAGGUAGGAAGCCGAUUCCAGCUCGGCACAUGCCAGGGAAAUUUGUAUACAAAACACCCAGCCAAGAAAGUCCCAUUUCCUCCUCCUCCCGCGAACGGUUCAGGGCCACACCAGUUUUGCUGGGACAGAGCUGGGUCGUUCCUGUGAUUUACCCAAAACGAUGAGAGACGCGAGAUCUCGCAGGGCUCCCUCCGCCACCCGGCUCGCCCAGGGUGCAGGGCAAGUCGCACACGUGGGCUGGCCGUGCCGCCGGGUGCCCUGAUGUCUGGGCAUACGGAUCUGCCGGGAGAAGAUAACAAACCAACAGAUAUUAAUUUAAUUCCUGCCUGGGCAACGACAGCAGCACGGGGCCUUGCAGGCAGCUCUGGUGAUGGCGGGCAGCAGCUUCUCCAGCCUAACCUGCCAUCAGUGGCAGUCGUCCCAUCGCUCCUCUCCGUCUGUACCAUGGCUCCCAGGCCACGUACGGACGUGGGUUCAUAUAUAUGUAUGUAUAUACGUG